AUGGCAAAUUCUUACAACACCAUCAUCCUUCUCAUUUCAUUCCUCUCAUUUUCCUUCCUCUCCAUUUCCAUCUCAGGUGAAGCUCCAUUCGUCGGCGUCAACAUUGGAACCGACGUUGAAAACAUGCCAUCAACUUCCCACAUAGUUUCAUUUCUUCAGUUACAACAAAUAACACACGUUCGUCUCUACGAUGCAAACCCCGACAUUCUUAAAUCCUUGUCCGGAACCAAAAUUCGUGUCAUCAUCAGUGUCCCUAACAACCAGCUUCUCGCUAUUGGUUCUUCCAACACCACCGCAGCUUCAUGGAUCCAACGCAACGUCGUCGCUUAUUACCCUCAAACAUUAAUCACCGGAAUAUCCGUCGGUGACGAGGUUCUUACCACUGUUGGUUCUUCCGCUCCUCUUCUUCUUCCUGCUAUGGAGUCUCUUUACAAUGCUCUUGUUUCUUCGAAUCUUGAUCAACUAAUUAAAGUCUCUACUCCUCACGCUGCUUCCAUUAUUCUUGACCCCUUUCCACCUUCUCAGGCUUUUUUCAACCAAACCCUUGUUGAUGUUCUUCUACCCAUUCUUCAGUUUCUUUCCAACACGGAAUCUCCUUUGAUGAUGAAUCUUUAUCCUUAUUAUGUUUUCAUGCAGAGUAAAGGCGUUGUUCCUUUGGAUAACGCGCUUUUUAAACCGGUUACUCCUAAUAAGGAAAUGGUGGAUCCUAAUACUUUGCUUCAUUAUACUAAUGUGCUUGAUGCCAUGAUUGAUUCCGCUUAUUUUUCUAUGAAGAAUCUUAAUGUUACUGAUGUUGUUGUUCUUGUUACUGAAACUGGUUGGCCUAGUAUGGCUGAUUCUAAAGAGCCUUAUGCUACCAAAGAUAAUGCGGAUACUUAUAAUUCGAAUUUGAUUAAGCAUGUUUUUGAUCACAGCGGGACUCCUUUGCAUCCUGAAGCUACUUCUAGUGUUUUUAUAUAUGAGCUUUUUAACGAGGAUUUGAGGUCUCCGCCGGUUUCUGAGGCGAAUUGGGGUCUUUUUUAUGGGAACACCACUGCUGUUUAUUUGCUUCAUGUGUCUGGAAUUGGGACUUUUUUGGCGAAUGAUACGACGAAUCAGACCUACUGCAUUGCUAUGGAUGGUUUUGAUUCCAAGACGUUGCAGGCUGCGUUGGAUUGGGCGUGUGGACCGGGAAGGGCUAAUUGUUCGGAUAUUCAGCCUGGUGAGAGUUGCUAUAAACCUAACAAUGUUAAGAAUCAUGCCUCUUAUGCUUUUGAUAGCUAUUACCAGAAAGAAGGCAAGUCUCCGGGGAGCUGUGAUUUCAAAGGAGUUGCUAUGAUCACUACCACAGAUCCCAGUCACGGGAGCUGUGAAUUUCCUGGAAGCAAGAACAUAAGCAACAAGACAAAGGAAGUGGUGAAUUCUACUCAAUUAAGCAAUGCAGGAGAGAAGUUAAGGUUCAGAACCAUGAACAGCAUCAAAAUAAAGACAAUUAACAACAUUUUGCACAUUUUCUUAACAUGUCUCCCUGCUUUGUUGUUAGUCCUUUUAUGA